CAGGUGACGUCACCAUGCAUGGUCCGGGGCCUGCGCGUGAACGCGGGCGACACGAAGCAGCAGCAGCCACAACAACAACCACCACGAGACCACAACCUCCACACAACCACAGCAGCCACAACAACAACCACCACGACGAGACCACAACCUUCGCACAACCACAGCGGCCACCACGACGAAACAACAACAAUCAGCACCACAAAGCAACCACAACAAUAAGCGCGAGACGGCGACGCAACAACAGCAGCGGCGGCAGCAGCGGCGGCAGCGACUUGGGGCACCAGGAGGAGAGCGCUGAGGGAGAGAAGCGCGGAGUCGCGGGCGGCUCCGCACGGGGUGAGCCGUGAGGAGCCCUGAGAGUCGACCCGCCCGGCCCUGAGUCGACCCGCCCGGCCCUGAGUCGACCCACCCGCCCGUGACCCGCGGCCCUCGCGCGCACGAGGGCCGCUCGCCUCCGCCGAGGGAUGUCGGCUCCCCUCGGGGCUCGGGAAGUCAGGCCGCCCGGCGGCGCGGUGCCUCCGGGCGGCGGAGCCGGGGCCCUCGGCGCGCGAGCGAGGCCCGGCGCGGCGGCGACGCGGGCCCCCGAGGAGGGUCCGGCUCACGGCGCGGAGAACGCGACGCGCGGAGGCGGAGGCGGUCUGCCGCCGGGCAGCAGCAGCAGCAGCUCGGGCACGGAGGGCAGCAGCAGCUCCGCGGGCACCCAGAGCACGCAGGAUACGCUGCCCAGCCAGGACCUGCCCUCUCUGAGCGAAGGCGACGGCGAUGCCGCCGCACCCAAGCCCUGGGGCCGCCUCUACUCGACGCACCGCGCGUUCCCCACGCUGGACUUGGUGUGUGAGGACUACCUGUUUGGACGGGCCCUCUCGUGCUCCGUCUGCUUUAACGAUCCGCACAUCCGCGCCUGCCUGGGAGACCUCUACUCUGCCUACAGCUCCAAGCACUUCCGCAUAUACAGGGACCAAGAGGUUUUCCUGGAGGACUACAGUUCCAACGGCACGUACAUCAACGGCGAGAAGGUCGGAAAGAACCAGAGGCACGUCCUCAUGAACAACGCGGAGAUCUCCAUCGCCUUGCCCACGCACAGAGCGUUCGUCUUCAGCAACCUGGCAAGGUACGAAGAGUCCCAUUGGCCGGAGGAAAUAAAGAAGAAGUACAUUAUCACGCGUACCCUCGGGAGCGGCGUGUUUGGAGAAGUGAAGCUGGCUUUCCACAAGGGCAGCGAAAGGAAGGUGGCCAUCAAAGUCGUUCCCAAGAGAGGCCUGCCCAUCCCACAAUCUUCCUGCAGGGAUGUGAAGACGGAAGCGGACAUUCUCAAGAAGCUCAAGCAUCCGUGCAUCAUCACGCUGGAAGAUGCAUUCGAUUCGGCAGACGCGCUCUACCUGGUACUGGAGCUAAUGGAGGGAGGUGAACUUUUCAACAGGGUGAAGCAGGGUGCUCUUCCUGAACACAAUGCGAAGUUAAUCUUCUAUCAGCUGGUCUUGGCUGUGCAAUAUCUCCACGGCCAGGGGGUGACGCACCGCGACCUCAAGCCGGAGAACGUGCUGCUGUCUUCCAACAGCGCGGAGUGCCUCGUUAAGGUGUCGGACUUUGGGCUGUCGCGCUUCGUGGGGGAGCAGUACCUCAUGCGCUCGCUGUGCGGCACGCCCGCGUACCAGGCCCCGGAGGUGUUGGCCUCCUGCGGCCUGGGCGGCUACACCCGCGCCGUGGACUGCUGGAGCCUGGGCGUCCUCCUCUUCAUAUGCCUGAGUGGUUACCCCCCGUUCAGCGAGGGGUUUGAGGAGAUGAGUGUGCACGACCAAAUCUGCACUGGGACGUUUGACUUCCUUGAGGAUAUCUGGAAAAAUGUCUCAGAAGAAGCCGAAGACCUCGUGAGGAAGUUGAUGGUGGUUGAAGUGACGCAGCGUUACACAACCGAGCAGGCGCUCGGGCAUGGUUGGUUGCAGGAUCAAGAAAUGAUCCACAAAGCGCAGUCGCUGAUGGCAGCCGGGAGUGGAGCGAUGCCGCCACCCCUGGUGUCCAACUUCUUGCCGGGCGCAGGCCGCAAGAGACCGGCAGAAGAGGGAGGAGGCGGCGGUGGCGAGCCGUGCGUCGAGAUACCGCCCAUGAAGAGAUGAGCCGUGGGCAGUGCCGCCCUGGCGCUGCGGCCGCGUGCUCCGACGUCGUGCCACCUAGGAGGGUGGGGGGGGGUGGGGGGGGGAUGGGGGUGGGGGUGGGGAUGUCUGCCGCUGUUUAACCACCCCCAGUGGAAAGCCACGGCCAGCGGAAACGCGGUGGUUGGGUUCACACAAAUCACCCUGGGGAUGUUCCCUUGAGGAGACGACGGUGCUCGGACGCUGUAUCCCAGUGUAAACGUGCAGGGCUAUCGGUGACGCUUGAACGCGUAAAAGCUUUUGAAUGUCAAUUUACUUGAAUUUUAAACGAUUGUCGGUGUGAUUUUUUUUUUGGUCGCAGCUCAAUGCAGAAAGUAAGCCGGCCUAAUAACGCUUGCACACAUGCACACUAACCCACAAUAAUAACGAACAGUGCCAAACAUGCAUAUUAAACACGUGCACGCUGCUUGCAGAUGUUGUUAUUUUUGAUACAAUUCCACACAGGAACUUUACCACUUGACGACUGUGGCAGCGACACCACUUUGCAAUCGGAGACCAGGCAUGAGGAGAGGGGGGGGCGUUGUCACCGAAGGGAUGGAGUUGGAGGCCGUCUGUGAAACGUUUUUCUGUUGGGCUGGGUGAGAUGCAAGAGUAGCAAAUGUGUUUUUGUUUGUAGACUGCCCAGUGAACUGCAUUCAUUUGUCUUUGUGAAGAUAUCGCUCACCGUAAUUGUUAAUUUUCGAAUAUUUUAUUACUUUCACCUUAUUUUCAUAGCCUUUUAUUAUGUUUCGUAGACCAAGCCUUUGCCUAGAUGCCCUGCUGCUGCUGCUUCUUCUUCUCACGUACGUGCAGUGCUUUAAUUUUUAUCGGGCUGAUUUGAUGCCCGGGAGCCUGGGUGAGGAUGGGCAUUAGCCUGUGCUGGUGCGUAAUGAGUGGAAACUCCCUGGUUGAGUCUUCCUGGACUAGGAGGCCUUGGCACGAGCGGAGGGCAGGACCUCCCUCCCCACAUGCAUUUAUGUCAAAACGUAGGCUGCGAUUGAUUUCAAUCGGCCCAUUCACCUGGGUAGCCACCUGUCCUGCUUUGACCCAGACGUUAAGCGAAUUGCUGUGAUUUGUGUUCGAUCGUCAAGGAUGGAUUGGCGCCGAGGUCUGCUGGCAUCGCGCCGAGCGUUGUGACCGCAGGACGCCCCACUGCCGUUAUAGACCAAGGACGAGGAGCACGUUUGCGUUUUUUUUUUAUCUGACUGAUGAGCGCGGUGACCCAACUUGUGCGUCGCAAAACGCGAAACAGAUGCAGUUAUAUUUUUUGAUGACAUGAGUUGUGCAGCAUUUUAAGAAUGUAAGGAUGUUACGGAAAGCAGAAAAGUUAAGUUUUACCUACAACUUGACACGGAAGCGAAUGCAUGCGCACCCAAGCCGCUUGCCUACGGCGUCCCCUUCGUUAGGCGGUGGCAUGAUAAACUUUUUAAAAAAACCCUUUUACUGUACUAUGGAUAUGAUUUUAACAGUUAAAUGUAAGUGUUGGUAAUAAACACUUUUUUAACAGUUUAAA